AUGAAGAGCGUUGAUGAAUAUUAUGGAGUUGAUGAAUAUUAUGGAGUUGAUGAAUAUUAUGGAGUUGAUGAAUAUUAUGGAUGGAGAUUUCGAGUGAAUGUUCUUGGAAGAGCCAAAACGGCGGAUGCAUUCAUUUGUAACAAUCAAUCUUCAUCGUGUAUUGAAGUCACAGUAAGUGCAGAACGCACUUUACAACAAUCAGGGUCUUCAUGGUUGUAUCAGAUGGCAUCGGAAGACCAUUCAGAAGAUGAAAUAACAAUCAGGCGUGAGAUGCUGCGGUCUGACACGGGAGUCCAUACCCUCUGGAAAAUAGACGGGCAUAAAUCAACAACAGAAGACGUCAUUCGUCUUCAGCAAGAACUCAAUCUACAGGUUGACUCACUCGUUAGCUUUCUUCCACAAGAUCGUGUUAACGAAUUCUCCUCAUUGAAUGGCCGUCCAUUAUUGGAGUGUGUAUUACAAGCUGUUAAUAGGGACGAAGCGACGCUAUUGAAACAACUUGAAAAAAACCGGCAUCAUUUUGAAAGAAUCCUUACAGAGUGGAAGGACAGUGUCAUGGAAUUAAAAUCUCAACUUGCAGAUGAGGAAACAAGACUGGAAAGUCGCAAGCCUUCCCGCGAUCAAGUGAAAAAUGAAAGAGAUUUGGAGUGUUUUUUAAAAGAGCAGGACAAACAGAGACAAGACGCUCAUAAGAUUGAAGAAAAACUUCUUGAUAGAAAAAGAAGUCUCACAACAAUGCGUCAAAGAGCAUUAAGGGAGCGAGAGCAGUUGACAAAAUCAAAGUCCCAAUCUGUGUGGUAA